AUGUUAAGAAAAGCACACUUUGGGCGGUGUGGAUUCGCUUCGACACAAUUCAUAUCAAAUCAGUCUAAUCCGAUCCUUGUUUUAUUUCAUUUCUUUAAAAUUGCUGAAUCAGUGUUCACCAGUAAUGAAGAAAUAUAUGCAACUUAUAAAUACGCUCUGCACGAAGUAUAUUGCAAGCUUAAAGUGAUCGUACCUUUUAGUAGGAGGAAAGUUAAAUAUGGGAACUACUCAGUCAAAUCUAUUCAUAAUCUGGAAAAUUGUGGUAUGUCGCUUAUGGAUUUGAUUGCUAAUUGAGUGUCGGUUGAUAGAUGGAGCUUAAUUACCAUUCCAUUUUUAACUUGCUUCGUGCUGAUGAUUUUUUGAAUAAAACCGGAGCAAACAUUGAUGCAGAAUAAUAUGGGUUUAUUAUAUUUCGUUGUUCCUCAUCAGCUACUCACAACCAUAUAUGUGUUGAAAGUUAACACUGAGGUAUUGGUGUUAUUCUGCAUCAAUGUUUGUUCUGGUCUUAUUCAAAUUCAUAAAGGG